AUGAAAAUAUAUUUUAUCUUGAUAAUAUAUAUUCAUUCUAUUAUAAUCAAUUGUCAAUUGAUUCUUUAUGAUAGUGACGAAUUGAUUAAUGAUAAUAUUCUACAAUUUGAUUGUCUAUAUUAUCGUGUAAGUAAGGAAAAGUUAGCUUAUCAAGAAUUAUCAAAUGUAAUAAACGAGUUAAUUCCAUAUUGUUUUCGACCAAUAAAUAGAAAUGAAAGUUUAUUUCGAAAUUUUAUUAAUACAGAAGAUCAAAAACUAACUUUUGAAGAAUUACGUAUUUAUAAUAUUAGUACAAAAGAUCUUCUUUCAUGGUCAACUCCUAUUGAUUUGGUUGAAAAAUAUCAAUUAUAUUUAGAUGAAAUAGAUUUAUCUUUAUCUAAUGAAUUAAUUUAUAAUUGUACAAAACCUUGGUUUGGUUUACGAUGUCAAUAUUCAUUUGAAUAUAGUAAUGAAUAUAUGUCAAUAAAUGAUGUUGUUGAAAAUGAAUUUAAUAUAAAAAACUCCUAUAUUGAAUCAUCUAAUAUGUUAAUAGAAUUACCAUGUUAUAUUCAUAUAAAAUGUAAUCGUGGUGGAAAAAAUAUAUGUCUUGAUUGGCGUGAAAUAUGUAAUGGACGUAUUGAUUGUAUUGAUGAAGGUUUAGAUGAAUCAUUUUGCUUUGAUAUGGAAAUAAAUGAAUGUGAAGAUAAUGAAUAUCGAUGUCAUAAUGGUUUAUGUAUACCAGAUGAAUUUUGGGAAAAUGGUUUUGGUGAUGCCGAUUGUCUUGAUAGAUCAGAUGAAUUUGCUGAUGUAUUAUAUUCAUAUAAUUGUUUUAGAGAUCCAACAUUUCGUUGUGAAGAACAUUCAUGUCGAACAAAUUGGUUUAAUUUUCCAUGUGGUGAUGGACAAUGUGUACAAACAUUUGAUAAAUGUCAUAAUGGACGUCAUUUAUUAUUAAUUCAAUCAAUAUUAAUAUCAAAUAAAGAUAAUUUAUCAAAAAAUUGUUCAAUUCUAAUGAUAUGUCUUACUCAACUUAUUAAAGAAAUUUAUGGAAUAUUAUGUGAAAGUUUAUUUAUAAAUAAUAUUAUUUAUGAAUUUAUUAAAAAUUGUGAUUCAAUAUUUCAAUUUCCAAUAAAUCCGGUAUAUAUGAGUCAUAUUUAUUUUUUAUAUGAAAAUCUUUCAUUAAAAUCAAAUUCAGAUUUAUUAAUUAUACCUGAUUAUAUUUGUUAUAAUGAAAAACUUUGUGAUUGUAUAAAUCCAACAUAUAUUUAUAAAAAUUUAACUUGUUUACAUAGUUCAACAAUAGAUUUAAUAUCAAGUGUUAGUGGACAUAUUUGGAUUGAUAUGAUUUUAAUAAUUGAAUCUUAUUUUCGUUCAUGUUUUAAUUCUUAUGAAUAUAUUAAUAAUAUAAAUAAAUAUAAUAAUCAAACAUUAUUAUAUAAAUGUGAAAAUUCAUCUAAAUUAAUAUCAAAACAUCGUAUAUUUGAUGAAAAUAUUGAUUGUUGUAUGAAAGAUGAUGAAGAUAAUAAAUUAAGUUGUUUAAUUAAUACUAAACAUAGAUUAAAGUGUCUUAAUAGUAAUGAAUGUCUUUCAUCAUUACAUACAAUUGAUGAUUGUCCAUUUAAUCAAAAUCAAUUUGAAAAGAAAAUUUCAUUUCAAAUGAUUUGUGAUGGUUUAGAUGAAUUUAUUUAUCAAGAUUCAAAUGGUAAAAAUCAUACAGAUGAAACUGAAUGUGAUUAUUGGCCAUGUAAUAAUAUAUAUACAAGAUGUGAUGGUUAUUGGACAUGUAAAAAUGGAAAAGAUGAAGAAUAUUGUUAUGAAAGAUAUAUAUGUCAAUAUGAAACUUAUCCAUGUAUAUCUAUAUAUAAUAAUUCAUUUAUUUGUUUAUCUUCUAAUAAAAUAAAUGAUGGAGUUGAUGAUUGUCUUGGAGGAAUGGAUGAACUUAAAUUUUGUCGACAUGUUUAUCCAUUAGAUAAUAAUCCAAAACGUUUUCAUUGUCAAAAUAGUGAUUUAUGUUUAUCAUCAUCUGAUUUAUGUAAUAAUAUUCAAACAUGUCCAUUUGGUGAUGAUGAAAAUUUUUGUAAUAAUCAUAAAUAUAUAUGUGAACAAAAUUCAAAUAUAAAUCGUACUCAAAUUGAAGAUGUUCUUUGUCGUUCAAUUGAUAAUGAAAAAAAUCGAAUAAUUCAUUUUUCAAUUCAUACAUCAUCAAUUUAUCCACAAAUAGAAACAACUAUUAAUAAUGAAAUAAUUCAAUCGAAACCAAUUAUAAAACAAGAUUAUAUUGAAAAAUAUAUUAAUUUAGAAAAAAAGUCUUAUUCUUGGCCAUGGUAUUGUAAUCGUGGAUUAAUUAUUCGUCAAAGAAUUGAAAAUAAAUUAAAUAAACGUCAAUGUAUGUGUCCACCUAGUUAUUAUGGUAAUUUAUGUCAAUAUCAAAAUGAACGUGUUAGUCUUACAUUAGGAUUAAUUAGAGCUGAUAGACAUGAUGUUUAUAUAAUAAUAAUAAUGUUAAUUGAUCAAUAUGAAAUAAUUCAUUCAUAUGAUCAAUUUGAAUAUGUUGCAAGUCAAAAUUGUGGAAUUAAAUUAAAUCGUUAUUUAUUAUAUUUAACACGACCAAAAAAUUUAUCAAAUAAUUAUUUUAUACGUAUUGAUGCAUUUGAAAAACAUUUAAUAACAUAUCGUGGAAGUUGGUAUUUAUCAAUACCUUUUAUUUUUUUACCUGUUAAUAGAAUAUCUGCUUUAUUAUAUAUACCUUAUCAACGAGUUGAUAUAUUAUCAAAUUGUUUAAUAAAAUGUCAAAAUGGUGAAUGUAUUAAAUAUAUAAAUAAAGAAAAUGUAUUUUGUCGAUGUUUUUCUGGAUGGUCAGGUAAUAAAUGUAAUAUUAAAAUAAAUUGUCAAAGUUGUUCAUCUGAUUCUAUAUGCAUUGGAACAGUUAAUAAUCGAUCAAUAUGUAUUUGUCCAUUAAUGAAAUAUGGUCCUCGAUGUAUUCUUACAAGUUUAUGUCCAGAAAAAGCUUGUCUUAAUAAUGGUAAAUGUAUUCCAGCUGAUAUAACUAUAUCGAAUAAUCAUUAUUCUUGUAUUUGUUCUGAUCAUUAUUAUGGAUCGAUAUGUCAAUAUCGUAAAUCUAAAAUCGAUAUUUAUUAUGAAAAUUUAAAUAUUCCAUCAUUUGUCUUAGCUUUUUUUUUAACAAUAUCAAAUAAAUCUGAACCAAGAUUAACAAUAAUGUUACAAAAAUUAACAUUAUUUCAACGUAUGAUUACAUUUCGUAUAUCUAUUUCAUAUAAUAUUGUUAUUAUUAAAUCAAAUAAUAAAUAUUAUCUUGCUAUAAUUCAAUUAAAUCCAAUAAAUGAUAUAUUAACAUCAAUUAAUCCUUCUCGAGAAUGUCUUUCAAUUAAUAUAUUAUUUAAUUCAACAUUAAUGAAUAUGUCUCGAUUAGAAAGAAUUAAAUAUUAUCAUAUAUUAUGUCAAAAUAAUAAAAAAUUAAAUUGUUUUAUUGAUGAAUAUUAUCUUUGUUUAUGUACAAAAGAUUAUCAUGCUAAUUGUCUUGAAUUUAAUUCAAAUAAAAAUCUUCAAUGUCCAUUAAAACAUUAUUGUCAAAAUGGUGCAGAAUGUUUACAAGAUCAUCCAACUUGUCCAUCUUCAAUAAUAUGUGUUUGUAAUGAUUGUUUUUUUGGUAAUAAAUGUCAAUAUUAUGCUAAAGGUUUAGGUUUAACAUUAGAUGAAAUCUUAGGUUAUGAAAUAAAACAUAAUAUUAUAUUAUCUAAACAACCAUUUUCAGUUAAAUUAAGUGCUAUUAUAACAAUGUUUAUGUUUAUUAUUGGUAUUAUAAAUGGAAUUCUUUCAAUAUUAACAUUUAAAAGAAAAAGUUGUCAAGAAGUUGGUUGUGGAAUAUAUCUUCUUGCAUCAUCAAUAACUUCAAUAAUAAUAGUUAUAUUAUUUUCAUUAAAAUUUUGGUUUCUUAUUUAUUCAUAUAAAGAUAUAAUUAUUAAACGAAUAAUUCUAUUAUCAAAUUGUAUGAUAAUUGAACCAUUACUUAAACUUUUAUUAUAUAUUGAUAAUUGGUUAAAUGGUUGUGUUGCUGGUGAACGAGCUUUUUCUCUUUUUAAAGGUAUUUAUUUUAAUAAAAUAAAAAGUCGAAAAAUGUCUAAAUGGAUUAUUUUAUCUGUUAUUAUAAUAAAUAUUAUUCUUAUUAUUCCUCAAUUAUUAUAUUUACAUUUAUUUGAUGAUAUUAAAGAAGAACGUACAUGGUGUGUUAUAUUAUAUUCAACAUUAUUAAAUAAUUAUACAUCAUUUAUAAUAUAUUUUCAUUUUAUUGUUCCAUUUUUAAUAAAUUUAUUUUCAUCAAUAUUUAUUAUUAUUGGAACAGCUCGUCAACGUUAUAUUAUGAAAAGUCCAUGUAAAUUUACAAAUCAUUUUAAAAAUAAAUUAAAACAACAUAAACAUUUAUUAAUUAGUCCUAUUAUUAUUGUUAUAUUAUCAUUACCACGUUUAAUUAUUUCAUUUAGAUUAGAUUGUCAAAAAUCAUCGGAAUAUUUUUGGUUAUUUCUUUUAGGUUAUUUUAUAUCAUUUAUGCCAUCUGUAUUAAUAUGUUUUGUUUUUGUUUUACCAUCAGCAACAUAUAAAAAAGAAUUUCGACAAGUUUUAUUAUCUAUUCAACGAAAAUUUUAUUUAACAAAAAUAAAUACAUUUAGAAAUAAACGUUCUUAA